AUGUCGAUCAUACUCGACCCCAAAGAUUACAAAAUUGCCUGGAUCGCUCCACUUGAGAUCGAAGCUAAGGCUGCCAUGUAUCUACUAGACGAAAGGCACCGUGGCCGGUUUCCCGUCAGCCGUGGCGACGACUAUGUGUUUCAACCAGGCGCCAUGGGAGGCCAUAACAUCGUUAUCGUGACCCUUCCAGUAGGUCAAGAGUAUGGCACGGGUUCUGCGGCUGCACUCGCCGGCCAGGUGAAGAAGUUCUUCCCUAACCUCUGGUUUGGCCUGCUCGUUGGCGUAGCAGCAGGGCUUCCCAACCUUUCAUGUGUCCCUGCGCGCGAUAUCCGACUAGGCGACGUGCUUGUUGGUAUUCCUGUUGGCGAGAGUGCUGGACUGGUUCCAUAUGAUCUUGGAAAAGAAACGGAAGACGGAUUUAAACCGCUCCGGAGUGGUCGCAGCCUCACCGUGACUGAACCAAUCGUGCAAUCAGCGAUAGGUAGUAUCAAACUCCAGGCACCCAACGACAACGAAAUAUUCUUGCCAUAUUAUGAGAAGAUCCGCAAUUGCGAACAUGACACUGGUACAUUCGCUGAUCCAGGGCAAGACAAUGAUAUCAUGUUUGUGUUUAACGACAAUGGGCAUAAGGAAAUCAUCCAGCGUCCUCGAUGCUCAAGAUCGGACUAUCGGCGCGCUCGAGUAUGGUAUGGUCCAAUUGGGUCCGGAGAUAAACUGUUGAAAAAUGCAAAAAAGAGAAAUGAAUUGAGGGACAGAUAUGGUCUCAUUGGUUUGGAAAUGGAAGCAGCAGGAACUAUGAACCGAAUUCCAGUUGGCGUCAUUCGAGGAGUAUGCGAUUACGGCGAUCAACACAAGAACAAAAAUUGGCAGCCGUAUGCGGCAGCGAUGGCGGCUUCGUAUGCUAGAGCUUUGCUUGAUGAGAUCCCGUCGAGUGGCAGGACUGCAGGAGUGACUAGUGACUUGGCAAAAAAUGAAGCUCAAAGGAUCGUCGUUAACGAUAUGCCGAAAAAGGCUCAUGUGCCAUGCUACCAUAUUCCUUUUACCAGGAAUACACGCUUCACUGGUCGCGCGACUAUCCUGAAUGAACUAGAGGAUAGGUUCUUCGGCCAGGAUCAAUGUCAGAGGGUGGCCCUAGUCGGCCUUGGUGGUAUUGGCAAGACUCAAAUCGCCCUAGGUUUUGUCUACCAAACGAAGGAAAGAAGACCAGACUAUUCGAUUUUCUGGGUGCCUGUCCUGAGUGAUGAGACUGCAGAACGUGCGUAUGCUGAUAUCGCAAAGAAGCUUCGGUUGCAGAAGACCAGUGAGGACGAGGAUGUGAAGGACCUUGUCUGUCAGUACCUCAGCACGGAUGAAGCUGGCAAGUGGCUCUUGAUUGUGGAUAAUGCCGAUGACCAAGAACUCAUCGCUGGAUCUGACGAGAAGUCAGGCUUGGAAGAUUACUUGCCUCAGAGCGAGAACGGUAUUAUCUUAUUGACGACGCGAUCUGGGCACGUUGCCGACGACUUUGCGCAAUCAGACGUUAUCUACAUCGAGCAGAUGGAUGAGGAAGAAGCGACGGUCCUCUUGGAGAAGUCUCUGACCCAGAAGCAGCUGCUUCAGGAUAAAACAGCGGUCGCUGAGCUCCUCACCUACCUAACAUUUCUCCCACUAGCCAUUACGCAGGCUGCCUCAUACCUCCAUCAGACCAAAGCACCUAUACGGGCAUAUCUAGGCCUCUUACGAAACGCCGAAGACAACGGCAUGAAAGUUCUCGAGAGGGAGUUUCGAGACAACACCCGAUAUAAGAAGGGAGUAUCUGCCACAUAUCAUGAUCGAUUAAUAGCGGAGCAUAACCUUGCAAGUGCAUAUGUUGAAGACCGGCGGUUCAAGGAGGCCAUUGAGAUAUUGGAGCAUGUGGUGGCAGUUCGGAAGGAGAUACUGGACGAGAAGAACUAUUUUAGAUUAUCAUCUGAGCAUGAACUUGCAAGUGCGUACACUUAUACUCGACGGAAUAAGGAAGCAAUUCAGAUAUUGGAGCAUGUAGUGGCAGUUCGAAGGGAGAUUCUGAACGAGGAGGACAGUAACCGGAUAGCAUCCGAGCAUGAACUUGCAAGUGCAUACCUUCAAGACCGACGGACCAAGGAGGCAAUUAAGAUGCUUGAGCAUAUACUGGCAGUCAAUACGCAGGUUCUAGAUGAGCGAGACUUCGGUCGGCUAUCAUCAGAGCACGAACUUGCAAGAGCAUAUUUCAAAGAUGGACGGACUAAGAACGCGAUUAAGUUACUUGAGCAUGUAGUGGCAGUUAAAGGGAUAUUAGACGAGACGGACCGCUCUCGACUAAGAUCAGAGGAACUACUUGCAAGUGUAUACCUUAAAGACGGGCAGACUAAGGAGGCAAUUAAGAUACUCGAGCGUGUAGUGGCAGUUAGGGAGAUGCUGGAUGAGAAGGAUCAUUCUCGAUUAACAGCGGAGCAUGAACUUGCAAGAGCAUAUCUCAACGAUGGGCGGGUCAAGGAGGCAACUGAGAUACUUGAGCAUGUUGUAGCAAUUGAGAAGGAGAUACAUGAUGAGAAGGAUCCUGAUCGACAGGCGUCAAUAGGUCUGCUACAGUACUGCUUUCAAAGUUUGGAAGUGAGCAGCAGUCUAUGA